UUCGCGGCCUUGAAAAGCAAACAACCAAACUGACGGUUAUAGCCAAAAACACGACCCCCCUAUCCCUCCCUCUCCCCCCCUCUCUCUCUGUCAAGUAUUACUAUAUGAGCACGAGAUGGUCCUCCUCUAUUCCAGGCAACAAAAAGACAACAUAGAAACUCCUAAACGACAUCUCCCUGAUCACUAAAAUCUCAAAAAGCCAGAGCAUGAAAAUGCUGCUACGUGAAGGAGAGGGAAUGGCAGGCUCCGGUGACAGUACGGUGAUAGUAGGAGUCAAGCUUGACCCAGCGAGUAGAGAGUUGUUGACUUGGGCUUUGGUCAAAGUGGCUCAACCUGGAGAUACUGUUAUUGCUCUUCAUAUCCUUGAUAAUAAUGAAAUCGUGGAUCGUGAAGGGAAAUCUUCGCUUCUCUCGCUUGUGAAAGCUUUUGACAAUGUUCUUGCUGUUUAUGAAGGUUUCUGCAACUUGAAACAGGUUGGUUUUUGUUUUGUUAUGUAGGUUGAAUU